UGCUCCGCCGCCUCGGCCGGAGGAGGCGGAGCGGGGAAGGGGUGGGGCGCGCUCGCGGCCCUGCCCAGCGAGGUGGGGCGUCGAACCCCGCCCGGCGCUGCCGGGGAGAGCGACCAGGGCCGGCCUGCCUGCUUGGGGACCCGCCGCCUCCGCCGCCGCCGUCAUGUUUUCCCUCCGAGCCCCCAAAGCCACCUUCAAAUCGUACCUGUUGCCGCAGGCUGAAGACAAGAUCAUUCCGGAGCCCCGACUUAAGAAACUGGAGCCUGCCCUCCUACCAGGCGAAAUUGUGGUCAACGAAGUGAACUUUGUGAGGAAAUGCAUCGCAACGGACACCAGCCAAUACGACCUCUGGGGGAAACUGGUCUGCAGCAACUUCAAGAUAUCCUUCAUUACAGACGACACUCUCCCUCUUCAGAAGUUCCAAUACAGAAAUCUUCUCCUCGGAGAACACGAUGUUGCCUUGACAUGCGUAGAACAAAUUGUCACAGUGAACGAUACCAAGAGGAAGCAGAAAGUCCUGGGCCCCAACCAGAAGCUGAAGUUUAACCCAACGGAAUUGAUUAUUUACUGCAAGGACUUUCGGAUUGUCCGUUUUCGUUUUGAUGAAGCCGGACCGGAAAGUGCUAAAAAGGUGUGUCUUGCAAUAGCACACUACUCACAACCGGCAGACCUCCAGCUCCUUUUUGCCUUUGAAUAUGUGGGCAAGAAAUAUCACAAUCCAGCAAAAAAGGUGAAUGGAAUAGACCCCGGAGGAGGAGGCGGUGGUUAUGGUAUUCAUCACCAAACUCCCCUCUUUGAAACCUUCUCCGACUGGGAUAGAGAGAUCAAGAGGACGGGAGCCUCCGAAUGGCGCGUCUGUUCCGUGAACGAAGGCUACAUGAUAUCCACCAGUCUUCCAGAAUAUUUUGUGGUCCCCUCCUCUCUGGCGGAUCAAGAUCUGAAGCUGUAUUCUUACUCCUUCACCGGACGACGGAUGCCAAUGUGGUGUUGGAACCAUUCCAACGGGAACGCUCUGGUGAGGAUGGCCCACAUCAAGGACAGCCUGCAGCAACGAAAAAUAGACCAACGGAUUUGCAACGCCGUCACCAGAAGCCACCCCCAGAGGAGCGACGUUUACAAAUCUGACUUGGAGAAAUGCCUGCCGAAUAUUCAAGAAAUCCAGACGGCCUUUCUCAAACUGAAGCAGUUGUGUGUGAAUGAGCCUUUUGAAGAAACGGAGGAGAAGUGGCUGUCCUUGCUGGAUAAUUCGCGUUGGCUAGAGUACGUGAGAAUCUUCCUGAAGCUUUCUGCAGAACUGGUCUACAUGCUGGACAGCAAACACGUUUCAGUAAUUUUGCAAGAGGAAGAAGGGCGAGACCUAAGCUGCUGUGUGGCAUCUCUUAUCCAAGUGAUGUUGGAUCCUCAUUUUCGGACCAUCGCUGGAUUUCAGAGCCUGAUUCAGAAGGAGUGGGUCAUGGCAGGACACCCGUUUCUGGACAGGUGCAAUCACUUGAAGAAAUCUGACAAAGAGUCUCCGUUGUUCCUGGUGUUCCUUGACUGUGUCUGGCAGCUGCUUGAGCAGUACCCGUCGGCCUUCGAGUUUUCCGAAGCCUACUUGACCAUAUUGUUCGACAGCACACACAUCUCACUGUUUGGUACUUUCCUCUUCAAUUCUCCACAUCAGAGAGUGAAGCAGAGCACGGAAUUCGCCAUCAGCAAAAAUAUCCAGCUGGGUGACGAGAAAGGCCUGAAAUUCCCUUCCGUUUGGGAUUGGUCCCUUCAGCUCACACCGCGGGACCGCCUGUUGUUCCACAACCCCCUGUACAUUGGGAAGAGCACACCCUGUGUGUGCAACGGGACCGUGAAAUCCUUUAAACGAUCAAAGAAGAACUACAGCUCAACCCUCAGAGGCUUCCCAUCCUCCCUCAAGAACGGCAUCAUCAACGAACAAGACUUUUUCCCCAGAAGGAACUCCCUGAUCCUCAAACUAAGACCCGACUUCCUUCAUCACAUGGACAACACUACCAACGGCAUGGAACAGUAUUUCCGAGACUGGUUCUCCAAGCCAGCGGACCUUCACGGCGUGAUCCUACCCCGCCUCUCCGGGACGCAGAUCAAACUCUGGAAACUCUGCUACUUCCGUUGGGUCCCCGAGGCCCAGAUCAAGCACGGGGGUUCCAUCACAACCUUCCACAAGAUCUCUCUGUUGGCCGACGAGGUGGAAUCCUUGAGCCGGAGCUUGAGGCAACACAACGGCAACCCCCCGUUGUUGGCCAACGCAUCCGAGCAGGACCAGAGUCGCCUGUAUUUCCGAGCCCGCGGGCUCAAUGACGGCCCCGCCACGCCCGACUUCCUCUCUUCCGCUUUUCCAUUCUCCCCCGUGGGCAACCUUUGCCGGCGCAGCAUCCUGGGCACGCCUCUGAGCAAAUUCUUGAGCGGUGCCAAAAUCUGGUUGUCCACCGAGACCCUUGCCAACGAAGACUAACCCCUGGGAGCGAACGGAGACCGAAGAAACAUCGGUCUUAAUUCGACCACCGCUAGCCAGAACUUUAUAUUUGAUGUUUUUGCACAAAGUAUUUAAAGGCAAAAUCCUCGUGUUUUCAUAAUGCACAGAAUAUUAUUAUUAUUAUUAUUAUUAUUGUUUUGUUUUAACGUUGCAGCUGAUCCAUUGAUGGGUCUUUUUCUUAGUUCUUCCUGCUGUCUUGGUUGAUAGGGAACUUGAUUCACACACACACACACACCGAUAACACCCAUACAUCAAACAGCUGGGCAUUGUGUUUAGUUUCUGUUUGUGAGGUUUCCUCUUUUGGAGUUGCUGGCUGAAGCCUGCAGCUUGACAAGAGGAAGAGAAAUAGCAAAGAAAGAAACAGAAAGAUUUGCAGGGUGAUUUAACCAGCGCAAAAUACUGGAGCAAUAUUUUACCCCCUUCGGUGGUAGAGCAAUCCCAUGAGGAUUUCAGAGUUCACAUUGCUGUGAAUUUCAGCCAGAAAUUUAGCCACUUUUGCCCUUCCAUUGAAGUAAAUUAAAAAUUAAGUUUAGGCCUCCCUUUUUGCUCAUCAUGGUUACGUUUGGCCCAGCUCUCUAUUUUACUUAUUUAGGGUUUGAGGUUGCCUUGUAGUUUACAAAAAUCUGCCUCCCGAAUUGCGUACGCUGCCAAUGUGUUGUUGCUGGUGGGACGGUUGGUGUCUCUCAGCUGAUUAGAAUCGGGAAAGAAAAAAAACUAGUUGG